AUGGCUAAUGUUAAUUUACCUUCAUGGCACAAGGGGGAUGCAGUAAGCUCCCGGAAGCUCACGGACAUGGUGGACGCUAUCGCUGACCUUCAGGACGAUUUGGACAUCAUUGCCACAACCACUACUGGGGGUGGUAUUGACGCGCAGUCCGCGAAAUACCGUGAUGUUGGUAUGGGUACGGACGACUUGGGGAAGGAGGAAGAGGUAGGGAUAUAUGCGUCCGCUCCCGUGGUUGCCAUGGGUGAUGGCUCUAUUGCUGACGGUUUUGAAAUCCAAGAGGGCGAGGAUGGUAAGUCCGUCCGUAUGCCCGAAGGUGCUGACAUUUUUUUGAAAAUUACCACGGACAAUUUCGGCAACCCCACAGGCGCGGAGUAUGUAGGCGCAGCGGGAGAGCAGAAAAUGUACAACCCGCAGAAUGAAGAAGGGGGAGAAAUAUACUAUCCUAUCGCUCAUGCCGAGGAUGACACGGACUGGGCUACCGAGGUAAAACCGCAGAGAGUGUUAAAUUAUAACACUGCCCGUCUCCCCUACAUCACCGCCGAUGUGAGUUUUAAUCCCGAUGGCGAGAGCGAGGAAGAACCCGAAGAGGGGGGAGUAGACCCACAGGUUGAAGACGAGGGCGAAGAGGAAACAAAGAGAACCAUCCAAGGGACAAAAUGGGUUGACGCUAUUGAGGGAAAUGUUAUCCCCGUUCGUGGACUUAACAACCAUGGCGGGUUGAAAAUCCUUUCUCCCGAUACCGAUGGCGAACACCUCACAUCCAACGCUGUCAAGGUGCAUGUGGAGAUGUACGGUAUUGCUGGCACGCCAGACGAAAACGAAGAGGUAGGGAGUGCAACGGCGGGGGAUGGUGUUGAUGGGGGAACGCUCGCCAAAUGGCGUUUUAUCCGCGCGGGGGAAGAUGAUGGAAGCAGCUACCAAGAAAUCUCUCUUGCGGGCGGUCAUUUGGACGACUGGCAGCUAACAUUUCAGGGCAACGGCUUUGUCACGCUCCCCGUCACCAAGGUUGGCUCAGAGGAAGGGGAUGACGAAAUCCCUGUAUGGAAAACCGAUGUUUCAAGGGUGGAUGACAGAAAGCAUGGUUAUAUGUUGGGCAUCCGCGAGGGUAGACACAAAAUUGAAAUCAACGAGUAUGAUGAACUCAAAGUCCAUCCCAUGGCUGAAAAUGACUGGGAAACUAUUGCGACUAUAUACAUUGGGGGCGUUGAAAUCGGUUCAAAGUAUGUGGAGGAUGAAAAGUUGGAAUGGGAAGUCACGACCGAUGACGAAGGCAACGGGGUAAUCCGUUUGACUGAGUACACCCGUCAAAUAUCGCUCUCCAAAGAUUCAGACGAUGUGGUGGACAUAACCGCGACCGAAUGGGCAGAGGGUGAUACCAAUGACAUCAUCUAUCGUCCGAGUGUUUAUGAUUUUGGAAUUGAAGUACCAUCCGCAGAAGCGUCCACAGGUACGGAUUACAGAUACGAGUUUUCUACUGCCGCCAAUGCCGAUGGGUCGUCAAAGCUCACGAUUACGCAAUACACCCGUGAGGAAACAUUUUCGCAGACCGACAACACCAUCAAAGAUGAAUUUGGAGCAUGGGCAGCAGGGCAAACAUGGGAUGUUGUUAUUCCCGCUCCAACCCCUGAAAAGCAAUGGACGGUCAACGGCUCAACAGGUACGGAUUACAAAUAUGACUUUACUCUUACCCCUGCUGGCACAGGCUCAACCCUCACAAUUACGGAACAGUCACGAAACGAGGUGUUGACGGGGGAUGGAGCAACCCGCACGAUAACCCAGACCCAUGGAGCAUACGGAAACACCGGGAACAAGUGGGAAAUCCCUAUACCGGGGCAAGUGACCCCCACGGAGUAUACAUUUGACAGCAACUGGUUUGAGGUCACAAACAACAAUGUCCGACUCCGCACAUCCGCUUUGAACUCCGUAGUCAAUGAGGCUCUCAAUGAGUUACAAUUUGAGGUCAAUGUGUCGGGUCUUGCGGACGAUGUACAUGAUGGUCGUAUUUACGCAUCCACCAGCGCGGCAGGUCGUAUAGGCGACAACCCCAGCACAAUACCAACCACUUACAGCCACGAGGCGAAAUAA